AUGUGGCCGUACGCGCAAUAUCAUGAAGUAACUGACGAUCCUACUGUUACAGGCGCUGGCCAUUUUGAGACAGUGAAACGUUUGGUGGAGGCUGGUGCAGAUGUGAACCAUGCUACGAAGACAAAUUCCACUCCAAUUCACGUUGCUUGUUACACUGGGAAACUUGAAAUAGUGAAGUUUCUUCAUGAGCAUGGAGCUGACAUUCACAUUCUGGAGAAUCAUGGCCAUACUUGCGUGAUGGCCGCGACUUGUGGGGGACAUACAGAUGUGUUUUUAUAUCUCCUGGACAUGGGAGCGGAUUUGAACCAGAAAAUGCUAUGUGGUAAUACGGCACUACAUGUAGCUGCCGAAUGUGGAAAUGGGAACUUCAUGGCUUUGCUCCUGCAGAUGGGCGCAGUGCCUACAAAAAAUGCAAAUGGUAUUUAUUUGCCCUUUAUUUGCUACCUAAGAAAUGGAUUAAGUCCAUUGCUUGGCACAGGAAGGAGCACCCUUGCAUGUAUGGUGGAAUAUUUAAUAACGCUGCCUGACUUUUCGAAGGAUGACAAAAUUCAGGCCCUUGAGCUACUGGGAGCUUCAUUUGCUAAUGACAUGUAUUUCUACAAUCUGCCCAACGCGUACAAAUACAUGCGUCUGUCAAUGGAAUUGAGGUUCAGCGACCCAGAGGCCCCGCUGCCCAAGGUGCUGGGGGAGCCUGUCGCCGCCUACGGGAACUGGGUGGAGUGCCAGAGCCUGGAGGAGCUGGAGCGCAUCCAGCACGACGCGGCCGCCUUGCACAUGGAGUCGCUGGCCGUCAGAGAGCGCAUCCUGGGGCAGCGCCACCCGGAGGUGGCCGACGCCGUGGAGUUCCGCGGGUCGGUGUUCGCGGAGGACGGCAGAUUUGACAGAACAGCGGAGCUUUGGUUCCACGCCUUAUGCAUACGCCAACAAAACAAAGUGUCUGUCUCGAAGGACCUUACGCGUUUUGCACAGAUGUUUUACAAAAUGCUCAGUAGAAAUAUGGAUUUGAAGUUCUCACUUGUUAGAGAUGUUUUUGCUGCCUGCAUUUUGGAACUGGAAAGGAACAAGGAAACUUUGGCUGCCACAAGUUUAAGACUUCAUGCGGAAUGCUACCUUGAGGAAUUCCAAAGUAAUAUAAUUGCUGUAUUGAAUAUAUUGGUUACUGUAACAAAAUUGAGAAGCACUAAAACACCAAGUGAGAAAUUAAGUAUUUGUCGUCUUGUUAAUCAACUAAACAAGAUAGAAAUACGACUGCAAAAUGGCUUGACACUUUUACAUUUGUGUGUGAAUGAGGACGCAAAUGUCGAUGAAAAUGGCAAUGAGCUUGGAUUCACUUUCCCAUGUGCUUCAGCCGCACGUCUCCUUAUUGAGUGUGGAGCAGACGUUAACGCAAUGGAUAUUAAGAGGGAUACUCCUUUACAUAUCAUCGCAGCACACAGAAAUGGAUAUGUGGCAUCAUCUAUUAUUUCUCUCCUAAUAAAUGCAGGUGCCCAUGUAGAUGUAGUAAACGUUUUGGGAGAAACUCCAUUUGACAUUGCCUAUACAGAUCUUGCAUUGGAUAUUCUGCAAAGCCAAAUACCUUUGAGCCUCAAGUGUUUGGCUGCAAAGGUUGUAAUGGAUUAUGAUAUUGCAUAUGAGAAUGAAGUACCCAGAACAUUAAUUGAGUUUAUUGAGUUGCAUGGAAUGAACAUUAAAAGUGAAGUGAAGUUGUAG